AUGAAGUUCGCUACCGUCUUUGCCCUCAUGUCCCUGGCCACUGCCGUGACCGCGAAGCACUACUGCUUCGGCGGCUGCGUCAAGUGCUACUGUGGCGACAUCCAGUACGACGACCACAGAUGCUCCAUGUGCAGCUGCAACCACAACGCAUACAAGUCGACGGACCCCAACAACAAGCAGGGCAACUGCGACCAGCCCGGUGGCUUCCACCUUGGCUGUGGCUACUCAACCGGCGGAAAGUGUUUCUAA